GAGAUGGAAUAGAAGUACUGUUGAACAAUACAAAAUGUUGAUGAAUAGUUUGCAAAGUAAAAGCAGAGUAGGUACAAGAAAAGGUCAGUCUCACAUGUAUGCAGCUCAUAUGUUUCAGUGUCAUAUUUUGAUGAUGUUUAUAGAUGUGUUGCUGCUUGUCCCUUACCAUUCAUUUUUCUUUGUUUCAGGUAGGAAUGAAUUGAUAGCCAGAUACAUCAAACUUAGAACAGGGAAGACACGGACCAGGAAGCAGGUGUCUAGUCACAUACAGGUCUUAGCAAGAAAGAAAGUUCGAGAAAUUCAAGCCGCCAUUAAGGUGUCUAGUCACAUUCAGGUUCUUGCCAGAAGGAAAUCUCGUGAUUUUCAUUCCAAGCUGAAGGUAUGCGCUUUUCUGCUUUUGGGCUUGUGGUUGCUAUGCCUGUCCCUUCCUCCUCCCCGUGGUGAUGGGCGAGCUCCUGGUGCUGCCGUGCCUGUAACCUCCUUUUCCUGCAUGUGGUAGCUGUCUGCGUCUCUUUGUGUUUAAUCUCUGGUUUCUGCACUAGCAUCCACAUUAAAAACAUUGUCUUAACACUGUCCAAAUGCAAAGUGAACUACUCUUUGUAACCGCUCAGCACCUAAACCUGAUUUUUAACCCAUCCAUUCAUUUUUUGUUUUAUUUUUGAACAGCUGAGUGCUACGAGUGUAUUUUCAUACACAAGGUUUUUAUACAGUUAUGUAGAUACUUUUUUUUUCU